AUGGGUACUCCCUCUGUCCUGAAAUGUAAGACAUUUUGGUUUGUCCUAAGUCAAACUGUUCCAAGUUUGACCAAGUUUAUAGAAAAAAGUAAUAACAUUUUGAAUGUCAAAUGAGAAUAAUUAUAUCCAUUAUGAAAUAUACUUUCUUAAUUUACUUAUUUGAUAUGUUAGAUGUUAGUAUUCUUCUCUAUAAAUUUGGUCAAACUUAGACCACUUUGACUUAGGACAAAGCAAAAUGCCUUACAUUUCAGGACGGAGGGAGUAAUCAACCUUGAUGCACCAAAUGGACUUACCAAAUAAACCACCAUCAUUGUCCCAUGAUAUUUACUAGCCGUAAAAUGCAUAAGUUACGGGUACUCAUAUUUUUUUGCUUUAUAUUUGAUCUGUUGUGAUCUUAAACCCUUUUUUUUUUGCUGUGCUUGCUAAUUCAUAUUGCAGCAAUUUAAGUAUUCUGAUUCCUAUAGAAUGUUAGCACUCAAGCCAUUCAUGUUCUUUUAGAAAGUGCUCCGGUCCCUGUCUUCAUGUUCUUUGUGGUACUACAUUUUCCUUCCCCGAAAGGGCUGGUUUCUUCUUGGAUUUGUGCCCUCUUUAUUGUGCAAAUAUACUUGCAGCAUUCACUAGAAACAUGGACGUCCAUGGAUGACAUUUCUCUCCAUUCCAUUAUAGUAUAGACAGGACAUUAAUCUCCUCUAUCAUCUCCAUCCAUGGCUGUUGGGGAGUUCGGGUGCAGGCAGAUUAAACUAAUCCAGGGGCCAUUAAUGUUGCAACCAGAUUUGAUUAGUGCAGUUAAUGCGGGGAUUGACUGACCUAAACCCUGCCACUGCUUCUCCACUGAUCCGUCCAUUCCCCUUGGAUCUUCAGCUCUGCAAGAGGAAUGUGUCAGCAGUUAAUUGCUCCCUGCUGACUUCGUGCCACCCCCGUGUACGCUUCUUUUUCUAGACGAGGGAGGAGAGAAUAAAACUGUGCGAUCGUGCGCUCUUCUUAGCCCCUUGUCAACGGAUUAUCUGAUCCUAAAUAAUCAUACACACUAAGUGGGUAGCCUUGACCAAUUCUGCAUCAUGCUAUCUUUAUUCUUUUUACUACAUCUUGUGUCUAUGCUUUUGCUAUCAUGAUUUUUUAUGAUCCGCAGUGGAGGAGAAUUGAGUCGUCUGUCUCUUGCACAAAAGGCAGCAUGGGCAAAAGAACAUAGAUGAAUCAACAACUAAAAAAAUGCUGGUAGAAGUGUUUAUGUAGGAAUUGACAUAACUGUGGUGUUGAUGUAUAGUGAUUAUUACUGCUAUGAGAUAAUCCAUGGAAAAAUAUUCUAAGAGAUGGAUUGGGUAACUAUUAGAAGAAGUUCUAAGAGAUUAAUUGGGAACUGUCUCUAAUACUGUGUCUCAUAUGAAAGCUUUAGCUGCAGAUGAACCUUGAAGUCCCAGUGUGUUCACCUCUAGCAUCAGUGCUCUGCAAAAUAACAAUAGUUAGCUUGUACCAGUACGAACCUCUUUCGUAGUUACUGUUAAGUAUUAAUCUUAUAUCUGCAAAAGCCGGUGCGUAAAGCUGAUACUGAUCUUAAUCUUUUCUAUUUUGAGCAGUUAUUAACUUGAUCUUAUUUGUCUUUACCUUUUACAAGUUGCAGGGUCUUCUCAAUCAGCCAGACCUUUUUCUCACUUUACCAAAGCAUCUGAUAGCAUUUUGCUAUGCAAAGUCAUAGGAUCCUCAUUACUAGUAAGCUGGCAGUAAAUAAUCAUAUCGCAUUACCAGAUAGAAAACCCGCACUUUGUGCUGUUUUUUAGUUAAAAGAACAUCAGACAUGGCUCGUAGUGGGGCGCCAGAAUAAUCCCGGAUUCCCGGUGGUUAAUGACCCUGUUCUUCCUUGAUGUUUUCUUAAUCAGUCUAAUCCUGACUCUGAAUCUUUUGCCCUACUGAUAACUGCAUUUACCUGUCGAUCUCCCAUCGGAUGCCAUUUUGUCAUAUGGGUCGUUUACUCUUCGCAGUCCGCACGCGCACACGGUGCUGAGCCUGAGACUCUGAGAGCACGUGCGUGUCGUAACUUCUUGCCUUGUCCAGUCUCCAAUGUGUAUGUUGCCGCACGUGUGCAGCCCAGAACUGCAGCCUGAACUGGGAGAGGUCGAACUGCAUGAGCUCUGAACAAUCACCGUUCAGCUGUGACAUUAUGAGAACGUGAGCAUAAUGAUCAAGAUCAUGCAGAAUAGAACAGAAGAUGUUUAAAUUGUAGUGUCUAGUUUCGUUAAGGCUCGCUCUAGAACACUUUUUUUUUCAAAUUUUGCUGGAAUUGCACAUAUUCUUGCAAAGUUCCUGUAAGUUUUGGAAAAUGGUAGAGAUCUUCAGGUUUGGUUGCGGAGAGAACGAAUGUGUGCCAAGAUUGUCCCACACGAACUUGCUCGACCUCGCUUCCAAUAUUUGAAUAUUCUUAUGGAUUCUCACAAGUUUACGUGGCUGAAUUCCAGUUUCGGUUCGCCUAACAAAUUAAAUCUAAAAUGCCAAUGUGUCGCAGGAACAAAGCUCAGUUUUGUUUUUUUUUUCAAAAAAAAACUAAAAUUGGCAGACCCUGUUAUAAAACCGCGCGAAUCGCGAGCUCCCCAUCCCUCCCUCCUUCCUCCCACCCUGCAUUUCCGAAGCUCAUUUACUCAGCUCCGUCACCGAGACCACGCAGCGGCAUCAAUCAGCGCCAUGCAGCCGAGCGGCCGCGAGAUGGCCGGCGGCGAGGGCGGGCCGCAGCAGGCCGACGACUUCUUCGACCAGAUGCUCUCCACGCUGCCGUCGGCGUGGGCGGACCUGGGCGCCGGGGGCACCAAGUCGCCCUGGGAGCUCUCCGAAGGCGCCGAGGACGCCGCCGUGCAGGCCGCCUUCGGCGACGACUCGUCGGCGCUGCUCGUGUCGCGCCUCCGGCAGCACCAGAUCGGCGGCGACGUCAAGUCGCCGUCCUCCUCCUCCCCGGUCAUGCUGCAGCUCAGCGACCUGCACCGCCACGGCGGCGGCCUGGCGGGCGCCGGGGCCGAGGAGAGCGCCGGGUUCUCCCCGCUGCCGCUGUUCACAGACCGGUCGGCGCCGGCGCGGGAGGAGAUGGAGGGCGGCUUCAGGUCGCCCAACUCCGCCGGAGGCGACCACUCCCUGUUCAACGGGUUCGGGAUGCACGGCGCGGCCGCCGUGCAGCCACAAUUUGGCCAGGGAGGAGGAUCGGUGUCGCCUCAGAGCCUGGGAGGACCGGCGGUGAGCGGCGGCGCGACAACACCCGCUGGCGGCGCAGCACCGCCGCGGCAGGUCCGGCAGCGGGCGAGGAGAGGGCAAGCCACCGACCCCCACAGCAUAGCGGAACGUCUCCGGAGGGAGAGGAUCGCGGAGCGGAUGAAGUCGCUGCAGGAGCUGGUCCCGAACGCCAACAAGACGGACAAGGCGUCGAUGCUGGACGAGAUCAUCGACUACGUGAAGUUCCUGCAGCUCCAAGUAAAGGUUCUGAGUAUGAGCCGGCUGGGCGGCGCGGCCGGCUUGGCACCCCUGGUUGCAAGCAUGUCCUCGGAGGCCAAUAGCAACGGAGGCGGCAGCAACAGCGGCGGCGGCGGUGCAAAGGGCAGCGCUGCCACCAAGGCCAAUGGCAGCGGCGGCGGCGAGAACGGCGGGUUGCGCGUGGCGGAGAACCAGGUGGCGAAGAUGAUGGAGGAGGACAUGGGCACGGCCAUGCAGUACCUGCAGGGAAAAGGCCUGUGCCUGAUGCCCAUCUCCCUGGCGUCCGCCAUCUCCUCCGCCACCUCCUCCACGUCGCUCCUCUCCCGCCCGCCGCCGGUCCUCCGCCACCCCGCCGCCUCCGCCAGCCCCGCCCCUCCCGGCCAACUGCACGACGGCAGCAACGGUUUCGCCGCCGCCAACGCGGCGACGUCCCCGGCGUCCGCUAGCAGCGCCGGAGGAGGCGGCGACGAUCCCCGAUCCACCAAGGACGCCGUCUGUGGCGGCGGUAAGCAGUGACCGCCCGGUGGGGGGAUCGUCGGAGGAUCCUGGCCGGGCGACAAACCGACAACUGUGCUGUAUCAAACAAAGGGUGUAACUAGGAUCAUGUGACGUCGUACAUCCUGUCAUGACAUCAUAUACCUUCGUUUCCCCUCCAAUAUAAGUAUUUCCCAUUGCCCUUU